AACCGGUUCCUUUCCAACCCGGGAGUCACGCAUCUAUAAAAGACAUGCAUUUUGACACCUGAGAUUUCAUUGCUGUUUAAUGUGCUUAGGCCUUAGGGUUUUUAACAUCCAUUAGAAAUCUUUCUCGCGGGUCGCGGCCUCCAUCCACAGGUUUAUUAUCCUUUAUUUUAUGGUCUAGACAUGUAUUCUUCGAGAGGCAAUAGUGCUUAUGGGCAGCAGCCUUAUGGUGCACAAUCUGGUUACGGUCAAAAUCUGGGAUCUGCGUAUUCUGGAAGUUCAGUUGGAGGGCAUGAAGGAGGCUCUCAACAUUCAUUGGCUUCUAGGCAUUCAUCAAUGUUAAGUGGCUCUCAAGAAGCAGAUGUUGGUGGGUUCCGAAGCUCUGCAGCACAUUAUGUGGGUCAGUAUGGGACUAUCUAUGGCUCAGCUUCUAUGACUGGUGCUCAACAGGCACCAGCAAUGAGUGCUAAAGGGACUGGACCAUCAGCUUUGGAAGGUCGUGGUGGCUAUCCCUCAGGUCUCUCUGAUUCUCCAAAAUUUACAUCUGGUGACUAUGUUCCAUCAUCUACUCAUGGAUAUGGCCACAAAAGUGAUCAAUUAUACACAGAGAAGAUUCAUGACUAUCCAGUGAUUGAUAGGCGUCAAUAUGGUGAACGACAGAGCGCUUAUAUUGGGAGGGACAUGCAAAGUGAUCCAGCUGUACGAUAUGCUGAUUCUGUUAGUUUUAGUAAUCAACAUCAGGCUGGGAUGUAUGAACGUAUUGAUCAGGCAUCGAUACUUCGACAAGAACAAUUACUGAAAUCUCAGUCAUUGCAAUCUGCUUCUCUUGAUGGAACUGCCAGACAAAUUGAAUAUCUUGCAGCAAGAGGUACUGCUAGUCGUCAUCCCACUCAAGAUCUUGUCUCUUAUGGAGGAAGAAUAGAUGCUGAUCCUCGCAGUUCAUCAAUGCUUAGUUCUUCUUCAUAUAAUGGGCAACAUGCUCCAUCAAUAUUGGGGGCAGCUCCGGGGAGGAAUGUGGACGAUCUCCUGUAUCCUCAUAGUUCAUCAAAUCCAGGCUACGGAGUUAGCCUGCCUCCUGGUAGGGAUUAUGGCACAGGAAAAGGGCUUCAUGGGGCUUCUCUCGACUCUGAUUAUCGUGGAGGUCAUUUGAGGAUAGAUGAGCAUAGAGAUGAUAGAGCUGGUUAUCUUCGGGAGUUCGAGCUAAGGGAGGAGGAGCGUCGUCGAGAGCUUUUGCGUGAGAGGGAGAAAGAAAGAGAAAGGGAGAAGGAAAGGGAACGGGAACGAGAACGAGAACGAGAAAGAAAGCGUGAAAGGGAACGCAUUUUGGAGCGGCGUGAGAAGGAGAGGGAGCGAGAGCGGAAACGUGGACUUGAAACUAGGCGUGAACGAACUCCACCAAGAGUUUCAAGAGAUAGACGUGGGCCCUCUUUGACGAAGGAGGGGAGAUCCUUGCGACGAGAUUCCCCAAGUCAUGACGCUUCACAUAGGCGUCAUUCACCUGUUAAAGAAAAAAGAAGAGAAUAUGUCUGCAAGAUUCAUGCUUCCAGUUUGGUUGAUGUAGAGAGGGAUUACAUGUCAAUAGAUAAGAGAUAUCCCAGACUAUUUAUAUCUCCUGAAUUUUCAAAGGUUGUCAUUAACUGGCCAAAGGAGAAUCUUAAACUUUCUAUCCAUACACCUGUCAGUUUUGAGCAUGAUUUUAUUGAAGAUGAAAGUGUAGCAGAGUCAAAAGAGCCCCCAUCAACUAAGCUUUUGACUCAACAACUUGAAAAAUCAGAGCAUGGGCGCACAAUAUGGAAUGCAAAGAUCAUUUUGAUGAGUGGACUUAGUAAAAAUGCCAUGGAAGAGCUUUCUUCUGAGAAAAGCUAUGAUGAUCGUCUACCACAUAUUUGCAAUAUUCUUAGGUUUGCUAUCCUGAAAAGGGAUCGUUCUUUCAUGGCAAUUGGUGGUCCAUGGGAUUCUGUUGAUGGUGGUGACCCCUCGGUUGAUGAUUCUGUUCUAGUUCAAACAGCCCUGAGAUAUACCAAGGAUGCAACACAAAUUGAUUUGCAGAACUGCCGUAACUGGAAUCCUUUUCUGGAGAUACACUAUGAUAGGUUUGGCAAGGAUGGGUUCUUCAGCCAUAAAGAGAUCACUGUACUGUUUGUUCCUGAUUUAUUUGACUGCCUGCCUUCAUUGGAUACAUGGCGAGACCAGUGGCUUGCACAUAAGAGGGCUGUUGCUGAGAGAGUGCGUCAACUCUCAUUAAAAAAAGAGAGGUCUAGGGAGAAGAAGGAAGGGCUGAAAGGUAAAGGAACAGAUUCUUCAAAAGAUUCUAAAAGGGUCGACAAAUCGGAAACAACCAAAGAGUCUGCAUUCUCUGGUGUCAAUAAUAAGGAGAAAGAUGGGAAAGGUAAAAUGAUUGCAGAAAAGGGUGAUGACAAUGACAAGAACCUUGAGAAGAAGAAUGUGAUUGGAACAGGAGAGGAAGUCAAGAAUGUUGAAAAGAAAGAACAAGGAGAUGCUGCAGGUUCUCAGACAACUGACAGUGUGAAGACUGGAAAAAAGAAGAUUAUAAGGAGGGUUGUCAAACAGAAGGUUGCUAAUAAGAAAGCAAAUACUGAGAGUACUGUCAGCAAGCAAAAUGAGUCGUUUGAUGCAAAGGACGCUGGAGAGGCCAAUGACAGAUCUGAGAUCCCUGUUGAGCAGAAUGAAUCUUCUGCUGAUCCUUCUGGAGUUAAAACUUUUGUGAGGAAGAAAGUUAUAAAAAAGGUUCCAGCAGGGAAAGCGACUCAAAAUGAAGAUAAGAGCUUGCAACCUGAGGUUAAAGCUGAGAAGGAAGUGGACAACACUGAAGAUAAACCAAAGGAUAAUUCACAAACUGGUAGUGGUGCAGUUGUACAAGGUACUAGUGUCAAAACUGCCAUAAAGAAGAAAAUAAUUAAGAGAGUACUUAAAAGAAAGCUUGCAGGUGUGGAGACCAGUGGUGGGGCCAAUGAGACUAAGAAGGAUGACAAAAUAGUAGCUCAGACAGGUAAUGGAACAGAAAAUAUGGAGAAAGAAAGAACAGAUGCAGAAAGCCAGAUGAAUGAGAUACAAAAUUCAGAAAAGAAAAUAAUUCCCAAGUCAAAAUCGCCUACUGUGGAGAAGGAAGCUAGUGUGCCCAAUUCAAAUAAGACACAGAUCAAAGCUGUCAAGGAGGAUAAGAAGGAUGACAAAGAAACUGAUGGGAAAAGUGCCUCGGGGGCUAAAAUUGAGCGUAAGGAUGACAAACAAAAAGUUGCUCAGAGGGAUAAUCAUGAUAGCAAGAAAGGAAAAUCAAAGGAUGAUGAAAAAUCAAAGGAUGAGAAGGACAAAAAUGGCAAAGAUGAGUCUAGGGGAAAAUCUAAUAAGGAUGCAAAAGAAAAGAGAAUGCCUGAGGAACCUCCUAGGCAUCCUGGAUUGAUUUUUCAAACAAGAGGGGACAAGGAGACUAAGCUGCGGUCAUUGUCACUUUCACUUGACUCACUUUUGGACUACACUGAUAAUGAUGUCGAGGAAUCCACAUUUGAGCUCUCAUUAUUUGCUGAAUCAUUUUAUGAAAUGCUUCAAUAUCAGAUGGGCUCUCGUAUUCUGACAUUUCUCCAGAAGCUACGCAUUAAAUUUGUAACAAGAAGAAAUCAACGGAAGAGGCUGCGGGAGGAAAUGGAAGAGAAGGAUAUGGAGAGGAAAUCAUCAACCAAACGCCCAAAGAAUGAACAGCCUCUGAAGACUAAAUCUUCUGACUCUGAACUGUUGGCUACAAAUCAAUCUGAGGAUCCAAAAACUAAGAAAAAAGAAGAUACUUCUGUUGAUAAGGUUAAUGAAGCAGGGUCAGAAGAUGAAACUGAUUAUGAGGAAGACCCAGAGGAAGAUCCUGAAGAAUAUGAAGAAAUGGAGGAUGUUGGAGAUGACUCAUCUAAUGAGAAGAACAAAGAAGAGGGAAAGAUGGGUCUGGAUGCUGACUAUGAACCGGUGACUGGCAAUGGGAAAGAAAAAGAAUUGGAAGAUGCCAAGGAGACAAAAAAUGAAGUGGCAAAGCCCAAGUCUGAUGUUGAUUUGUUGGAGAAAAGAGAUGCGAAGGUGGAAACUGGGAAUAAAGAGCCAUCUGCUGUCAAGGAGGCUGUGAUUGAUAAGGAACUAUUGCAGGCUUUCAGGUUUUUUGAUCGCAAUCGAACUGGCUAUAUUAGGGUUGAAGACAUGAGGUUAAUUAUCCACAACUUGGGGAAAUUUCUUUCCCACAGGGAUGUGAAGGAACUUGUGCAAAGUGCAUUGUUAGAGAGCAACACUGGGAGGGACGAUCACAUUCUUUAUGGCAAGCUGGUGACAAUGGCUAGCAUUUAACAUAAUGUUUGGGUCGUUCUGGUCUGUGCUUAUGCUAUUGUUCUCCUAUAAUCUCCUAAUGGUCCUUGAUUAAGGCAUGGAGCCUUGAUUGUUUUAUUUAUAGGUUGUGUUAGUUUUUCUUGAGUUCUGAUUCGACAGAAAUCUUUGUUGGUGGAAAUGAAGUUGCUUUUAUAAGUGUUGCAAAACUAUUUUAGGAGCUUGGAUUCUGAGUAGUCCUAUAAUGAGAAAAUGUAAAUUGUUUUGAGCAAUACUCUAAUAAUGGAAGCUUUGGGAGAUUUUCUA